AUGAUGCCGGACUCCGGCGAGGUCGAUGAGAGCGACAAGACAGAGACGAAGACGAACGGUGGUGGAUCUCAACAAGAAAGCUACAUCGACGGGAAGGCUUUUAACUGGGGCCAUGAUAGCGUUGGCCAUUGCUUGGGAGGAGUGGAAGUGCUUAUUGGCUGGUUAUUCAAGUCGACAGAACUCGUGAACCCACUAUUUGCACUGCUGGAUGCAGAGUUCGCUCAUAGUUUAGCUGUUAAAGCUACUGCCCAUGGAUUUGUUCCUAGAGAAAAGAGACCUGAUCCACCAGUUCUUGGGCUAGAGGUUUGGGGAAGGAAGUUUGCAAACCCAAUUGGUCUUGCUGCUGGCUUUGAUAAAAAUGCUGAGGCAGUUGAAGGUCUCUUAGGCAUGGGAUUUGGCUUUGUGGAAGUUGGCUCUGUGACACCUCUUCCUCAAGAGGGAAAUCCCAAGCCUUGA